GGUUGGAGUUGCAGCAAUCUCACGCAAUAUCAGAUAAUAGAAAGAAUCUAAAAUAGGUUUUUAGGUUGAAAUGGAGAAAAUCAUGUAUCCAUUUUUGGCCAAGAAGGGUUGGAUUUACAGCCGGAAAAUUUUCAUUACGACACGACUCUCCUCCUUCCGCUCUCGCGAUCUGAAUUUCGCCGAUUUUAGAGGACACCAUGGGAAUUCCGACAGAAAUGAGGGAUUUUGAAGAUGCAAAGCUGGAGCGAUCGAGAAAUAGCACACAAGAAGGUCUUAUUGCCGGUUCCAAGGCGGCUUUCGUCACAGCUAUUGCCACUGCCGUGCCCGUGUUGGCUGCAGUCCGUUACAUUCCUUGGGCAAAGGCGAGUCUCAAUCACACUGGUCAGGCGUUGAUCAUAUCCAGUGUGACGGUAGCUUCCUUCUUCAUCACUGCUGACAAAACCAUCUUGGAGGGCGCCAAAAGAAAUACCCAUUAUAAAACAACUUGAACGCUCGCCGGGCCUAUGCAUCACACCAGCUUCACCGAAUAAUACAUGCCUUGUUCUUUGCGAAGAUGUUUUAGCUACUUCUUUUGUUUUUUUUUUCCUCCUGCAGUGGAGUGCUGAAACGAAUGUUCUGCAUGAAGUUAAACUUGUGUGGUCACAGGAAGUCUAUAAAUCUUAUGUGAUCAUGUUGCUUUAGAUUGAAAUAAAGAGUUGUUAAAUUACUCCA